AUGUCGGAUGCAGUGCACGCCUUCGCAGAGCAGUAUGUCUCUGCGGCGCGCGUGGAUGCCUCCUUGACCCUCGCCGCGUACACAAUAUUGUUCUAUGAUUACCUGCUUACUAUUAUACCCGAAAUUGAGUACUACUGGAGCGGCUCAAGGGCCUCCAAGUCUUUCGCUCUCUACAUGGUUUGCAGAUACUUUGGACUAUUGGGGUCACUACCGUUCUUCUGGGAGUACUUCGGUAUUUUUCUCGAACACGAUUCACUCAGACUACACGGGAUCUUCACCGAUAAGGAGGCAGGUGUCGGCAGCUUCAGUUCUACCAUCAAAUCUACGCCGCAGUUUGUCAGUUACUUGUCGCAGUGCUCCUAA